UACUGUGCACAGUAAGGACUUAAAACUCAUCAUGAUUUUUGCGCAAUGGAUUAACAUAUUUGGAAACUACCACACAUAAAUCCAAGUAACCCGUCAGGUUUCAGAUUAUCUGUUAAUCUCAAACGAGUAUUUUUUUUUCUUUUGGAUAUACUUUUGGACAAUUUUGCUCCCAUUGUACACCAUGGCAAAUACUUGCAUGCAGUUCAUGGGUUUUGUGAUGAGUUUCAUUGGUUGGAUCGGGCUUAUUAUCGCCACUGCCACUAAUGACUGGGUAGUGACUUGUAAAUAUAACAUGAGCACAUGUAAGAAGAUGGAUGAACUGGAGGUCAAAGGUCUGUGGGCAGACUGUGUGAUAUCAACUGCGCUGUAUCAUUGCAAAACACUUACUCAAAUUCUCGAUUUACCAGAUUACAUACAGACAUCUCGAGCUCUAAUGGUCACCGCAUCGAUUUUAGGAUUGCCUGCUCUCGCGCUCGUGCUCAUGUCCAUGUCCUGUAUUAACCUCGGAAGUGAACCGGAAAGUGCCAAGAACAAACGAUCCGUGCUCGGAGGAAUCCUAAUAGUGUUGACUGCUUUUUGUGGCAUCAUCUCCACUGUGUGGUUUCCCAUUGGAGCCCAUCAUGAGAGAAGCCUAAUGUCCUUUGGCUUCUCCCUGUAUUCUGGCUGGGUGGGCACUGCGCUCUGUUUGCUGGGAGGUUGUAUGAUCACCUGCUGUUCAGUUGACACCCCUGAAUCAUAUACUGACAACGAUAGAUUCUACUUCUCCAAACAGGGCCCCACCCAUCCUGGCACUGCCUCCACUUCCUCCACUAACCAUGCCAAAAGCGCUCACGUGUGAGCUUGGGGAUUACUCUGGUGUACUACAGCUCAGCAGACCAUUAGCAACUUAACCCAGCCCAUCAGAUUUCUGCUCUCUCCAUCUGAUUUUUCACUGUCUCUCCAAUCCCCCCCUCCCCCCCUUUUUUUUCCUUCAUGUCAGCCGUGCCUCAAUCUACAGUGGUGACACUGCGGAUUGUUAUUGUACAGCUGAACUGUAUCCCUUUGACUCGACGGCAGGGUUAGCUGACCCAGAUGUUACAUAACAAGGGACAGUCGCUGGUGAAGGACCUGCUGUUAUCAAGGGACCUGUACUGAAGGAUUUAUUUUCCAUGUGGUCACUGAUUGUGCACAGUACAAUGUGCCUUUUUUAAGCAUUGUGUUUGUAGUGAGAAAUCAUGUUUUAAAAUCAUGUAUUUCAUAUUUUUAUAUGAACUUUAACAGUAUUUGCCAAUGUCGUUUCUAUUCUGAAUCUUCUUUUUUUGAAAAGGUAUGUAAGAGGUACAAAUGUCUUUUCAUUUUGAUUAAUUUCAGUACAGUUUGUCAAGCAGACACAGUGAAGAUAAUGUCUUGCUCAUUGUUUUUACUCCAACUGCCCAAAUGAAAUUCAACCAAAAUUGGAUCAAAACAGUAAUUGACUGUUAAUUAUUCUAAUACUUGUAUGCAGUUUGUAUGUUUAUUGUAAUAAAAAGUAUUGUCC